GACGAUUUAAAGUGUUUAUUUAUUAAAUUCAUUAAAAUCAUUAAUUAUGGCACAAGAUCAGCAAAAGAAAUCAACUCAAUUAGUCCUUGCUAAUUUAAAGAAUCAGAAUCAAGCCAUGCAAGUAUUUAAAAGACCGGUUGUUCCUUUACAAAAGAAGAAAUCAAAGAAAGUUAUAUUGUCAGAAGAAAAAUAUUUAUCUGAACUUGGUAAAAUUAUCCAGCGUGACUUCUUUCCAGAUUUGGAAAAAUUAAAGGCACAGAAUGAAUAUCUCGACGCAAUAGCAUCAAAUAAUAUUUCAAAACUUCGUGAAAUAUACAGCAAAUACAGCUCAAAAAGAAGACCAGCAUUUAAUGAGACACCAUUAACAUUUGACACUCCAGCAUCAUCAAUACCAGAUUCUACUCCACUUCCUCCAAGUGUCAGAAGUAAUGACAGCUCAAAAACAACAUCAUCGAAAAGAUCAAUUGGUGAUAAUCACAGUUUAGAUAGUUUUUUCGGGAAGUACACAAGUGAGGAUAAUCAGAGCUUUGAGGAAAUAAUUGAGGCUGCUGAGGAGAAAUUGAAACAAAAAUUUGCAAUCCUUUAUGAAGCUGAGAAUUCGUCAUCAAGUAUACUGCAAAAUGCUCUGGAACUUCCAGGAUUUGAAAGACAAUUUACAGCUGUUGAGAGACCGAAUAAAUUAGACAUGUGGACAUACAAAAAUAAGAACUAUUUAAUGUAUACGCCCGAAGGCGUUGAUUUUACACAAGAUGAAAAGGUUGAAAUGGCAAAAAGAAGGCAGGAAAUAGACCACAGUAAUACAAGAUUAAUAGUUAAUCCAUUCGACGAGACAAAAAAUAAAGAAGCAAUUACAGAAGCUUCAAAGAACAAUAUUAGAGGAAAUCCAGAGAAAGUUGGUUUAGAUGGAAGGUCACUGGAUCAUACAACACCACAAAUUCGUGGAUUUAGUUUUGUCAAAAGUCCAUCGCCAUGUCCAUCAAUUGUCGAUAGUAGUCCAUUAAUGACUUGGGGUGAGAUUGAAGGCACUCCAUUUCGUUUAGAUGCAGGUGAUAGUUGCUAUAAUAGUACAAUAAGCGGCCCAUCAUUUAGAAUUGCUGAGACGAGUAAACGAGAAGCUUUGGCACAUCAAUUAGCUGAAAGUGUUGGCGAGAAGCAUCGAGCUAUGAAGACAAAAGCCAUGGAAGCUGCAAAAAGAAAUAUGUGUGCAUCACCUCAAGUUAGAAAUUCUCUGGAUCGUCUUGCAAGUAUGUCACCAGCAGCUAGAAGACUCACAAGUGCUACAAGAAUUAAAGACAGUUGGGCAACACCAUCGCCAAAAAGAUCAAAUAAACCAACGCCUUUAGUCAGAAUUAACACACCGAGCUUACCAACCACAAGUAAAGCUGCUCCAGAGCCUCAAUUUUUGCCUACUGACAUACCAGAAACUAAUUUGACUGAUAAUUUACUCGAUAUCCCCUCAAGCGCCUCAAAACGCUUACGAGCUUCUGACUUCUUUUAAGUUUAUAUUAUUUAUCGUGUACAUAUAUGCUGAAUUAGUCAUAAUAAAAUUCAUUAUUUUUUUGUUAAUAAAAAAUUGUCAA